UUUACGUAGGUGCCGAGCGGCCAACUGAACCCAAUCUUUGACGGAGAAGAGAAGAAUUUCCACCUUGUCGUCGCCUUCUGGCUUUUUUAAUUCCUGCCCCUCUCCAUCACAGAUAAAUCCGGGGAUGCCUACAACUAAAAAUUUCCAAGGAGGUAAAGCUUUUGGGCUGUUAAAGGAGCAGCAAAAGCAAAAAUUGGAAGAAAUAAAUAAGGAGUAUUUAGAAGAUCAGAAGUACAGGGAUGAGGAAGACUUGCCUGAGAAAUUGGAAGGCCUCAAGAAUAAGUAUGCUGAGUUUGACCUGAAUGACCAAGGAGAGAUUAAUUUGAUGGGUCUGAAGCAAAUGAUGGAAAAGCUUGGUGUGCCAAAGACUCAUUUGGAGUUGAAAAAAAUGAUUGUUGAAGUAACAGGUGGAAGCAGCAACACCAUCAACUACAGGGACUUUGUCAAGAUGAUGCUCGGGAAGCGCUCAGCUGUGCUGAAAUUGGUCUUGGCUUUUGAGGACAAAGCCAACGGGACUACUAGCAAGCCAGAUGGACCACCUCCAAAGCGGGAUAUUGCAAGCCUCCCAUAAACCCAGAUGUCAACUUCCAAACUGUUCCUGGAGCAGCGGGACCAUUACGGUUGUGUGGCAUUUAGCCAGUCUUCUACAGUGUGUUGUUUUAAUGUGGGAGCAGUGAUUGAAGAAGUGUUUUUUUGUUUUGUUUUUUACUGUGUGUGAAAGGUCUGUUUGGGGAAACUGAACUCACAAAUGAUGUUUGACUGUGAAUAUUUUUCAUCUAUUUUUUUUCUUAUAAUUAAAAUGUAGUGUUGAUAGUAGUACAUUUAAUCUGAUAAACAGUGUUUCACUGAUAUUUUAAGGGAACAUUCAUCAUUGGUUGUUCGUCCCUUCCUUGUUUGUCUCAUUUGAGGGAUAGAGUGAAUUUAACGGUGUAAGAAGCAUGUAUAUUUUUGCACGGUCCUCUGUGGUCUUUUAUGGAUUCUAGCCAGACUAAACUUGGUCAGUGUCGCGCAUUAAUCAUUUGCCAGAGACAAGCACAUCCUAUUUCCUCAGAGUCAAACUUAUCACCUAGAAGUGCAAAAUAUUUGGAAUACUGGGAAUAGUAACUCCGACACAGUGACCACCUCAUGAAAAACAUUUCUAUACUCCAGAUAAGUCACACUUCCAUGUAUUAAAUAUUUGCUGACAUGAAUUGGAAAGGACAUGAGGGGUUGUGCACGCAGUAAGACUUUCAUUACAGCAUGUGAACAGCAACAUGACUCAUCUUUAGAUCUGUAAGGUUAAAGCAUGUUGCAGCUUUGGAAGGAGUGUGAUUAAAUUGCACAAACAGAUCUCUUAAAAAGGGAAAAAUGUACAUAAUUCUACUACAAUCAUAUUCUUUCCAAGUGCCUUAACAUGCAGAUACUGUAAAACUUCCACAGGCUGG